UUGCUACUAUUCUGAAAGCCCAAAUCUAUUGGGCUUGAUCACCCACGAGAAUCUUCGGCCUUUAUUUUGCAUACAUGAUAGAUGACUCUUCUCUUGGGUGGCUGUUUGUCUGUUUCCUGAACUCAUUCGACGAUUUCGUCUUCAUCCGUGCCUCUGUGUUCACAACCUUUAAGACAAGGAAGAAAAUGUCUGGUCCUAGGAUUGCUCAUGCUACCUUGAAGGGUCCUAGUGUUGUGAAGGAGAUAAUAAUUGGAAUAACGCUAGGUAUUGCUGCUGGUGGUCUCUGGAAGAUGCAUCACUGGAAUGAACAGAAAAAGACCAGGACCUUCUACGAUUUACUGGAAAAGGGUGAGAUUAGUGUUAUUGCGGAGGAAGAGUAAAAAUGAUGUGUGCCUAUUCUUUCCAUCUAUAGGCUCUUUUUUUUACUGCUAUAUUCAAUUGGCUCUUUAAGUGUAUCUGAGCCGAGAUAUUUACACAUUGAAAAAAUAAGUUCUUGCCCUGAAUUUUUGACUAUGUUGGCUUGUAGAAAUUUCAUGAAGCAACGUUUCAUUUUGUGAUUGUGUUA